AUUAACGCAAUCACCAUCUAAAGCUUCCACAAAGGUCCCCAGAGCCACCCACGUCUUCUACUAGCUAUAGCUACCAAUGAGCAGCGCGCUGAUCAAGUCUUACGGCUGCUUUCAAACGAGAGAUGGUAGGAAGUGGGCGUAUCAUGCCUAUUUAGUCGCCAUGCAUGUGUUCGGUCUGGCUCAAAUCUUGCAGAUCUAUGGUAUCAACAUGUGCUCCAUCCUGUGGCCGAAAACUCAUUAUGGUAUGAGUAUGAAACCAAUCCAAAGUACAGUGCCCGUAUCGCCCCGCUCAGCUUCAAGUUCUAUGACGAUACCUUGAGGUUAAUGAACGUAGUAAACCAUUCCAGCAAAGAGACAUUGGGUCACUCCUAGGACAUAUAAAGUACUCGUGAAAUCUCUCCAUAAGCCACAAAGGCCAGUUCAUUAACCAAUUCCAAAACUAUCUCUUAAUUAGACAACCUAUUUCUCUAUUAUCAUGACUGUCCAGGACGGAGCUCGCUUCGACUUCAUUGUCGUUGGUGGUGGCACGGCAGGCAAUAUCGUUGCUCACCGUCUUGCGGAAAACCCCAAUGCCCGUAUCCUCGUCGUCGAGGCCGGCAUCGGCACCUCCAAGGAUAACGAGGAGAUCCGGACUCCAGGGCUUGCAAUGGAGAUCCGUGGCAGCCAGUAUGAUUGGGCCUACAAGACCACCAUGGUCAAGCGCCCUGACUAUGAGCGUAUUGAGAAGCCUAACACUCGCGGAAAGGCUCUUGGCGGCAGCUCAUCGCUGAACUACUUCUCUUGGGUGCCUGGCUCCAAGGGUACGUUUGAUAUGUGGGAAGAAUACGGUGGAAAGGAGUGGACAUGGGAUCCUCUUGUUCCCUAUCUUCGUAAGAGUGUGACUUAUCACGAUGAUGCCGGCUUGUUCCCACCAGAGCUUAAGAAGAUUGGCGCUGGUGGUCCAAUCCCAAUUGCCCACGCCGACCUUAUGCCCGAGAUGAAAGGGUUCCGUGAACUGGUUACUAAGGCCUGGAAGUCCACCGGUGAGCCUGUUACUGAAAACAUCUUUGAUGGCACAAUGCGUGGCCUAGUGCACAGUGUAAACACAAUCUAUAAGGGUCGGCGCUCGGGCAGUUUUCUCGCUGUUGUGGACCAACCGAAUAUCACUAUUCUUCCUGAGGUCCACUCAAAGCGACUUAUUAUUGACGACGCUGAUCGCACCGCCAAAGGUGUAACUGUGAUCAACAGCUCUGGACAAGAGUUGAGCUUCUAUGCCACUCGUGAGGUCAUUGUCUCUCAGGGUGUUUUUGAAAGCCCUAAGCUUUUAAUGCUGAGUGGUAUCGGACCAGCGCCUGAGCUGGCCAAGCACAAUAUCCCUGUUCUUGUUGAUUCGCGUCACGUCGGUCAGCAUCUCCUGGACCACCCUGGUGUUCCCUUUGUCCUUCGUCUUAAAGACGAGUUCUCGAUGGAUAGCCAUGUCUUGCGGAAGGGAAAGCUACAGGAUAAAGUUUUGUCAACGUACUCCAAGAACCACACUGGCGCUAUGGGAUCACCAUUCCUCGAGCUAAUUGGCUUCCCUCGCAUCGAUAAAUACUUGGAAAAAUCCCCUGAAUAUCGUGCGGCAAAGGCUGAUAAUGGUGGUCUCGAUCCCUUCUGCCCAUACGGCCAGCCUCAUUUUGAGCUUGAUUUCAUUCCUCUCUUUGGUAGUGCGUUCCAGUGGCACUUCCCACACCCCAACAAAGGCAGUUACAUGACAGUGAUGGUCGACCUUGUUCGCCCCGUCUCUGAGGGUGGUGAAGUUACACUGAACAGCAGCGAUCCUCUAGAGCAGGCCAACAUUAACUUGAACUACUUCAACAAUGACCUUGACAUCAUUGCCAUGCGUGAAGGCAUAAGAUACACUUAUGAUGUCCUCAAGCAUGGCGAAGGGUUCAAGGAUGUUGUUGUGGAUGAAUAUCCGUGGGAAAUGCCUUUAGAUGAUGAGGAGGCGAUGAAGAGAACGGUAUUAGAUCGCUCUCAAACCUCGUUCCACCCUUGUGGUACUGCCCGCCUGUCCAAGAAUAUCCAGCAGGGUGUUGUGGACCCCAGCCUCAAAGUCCAUGGAGUCAAAAACCUCCGUGUUAUCGACGCCUCUGUCAUCCCUGUUAUUCCAGACUGCCGCAUCCAGAACUCAGUCUACAUGGUGGCCGAGAAGGGCGCCGACGCCAUUAAGCGUGAUCACGAAGACCUUUACCGUUAGUUGAACGAAGAGAUUGGAAAUAAGAAGCUAUUGCAUGAUUUAGUGGAUAUGUGAACUUUUGAGAAAUUGGUUAAUCAUAAUGAAAUAGUGAUAUUCCAGAAUCCAGCUCCUCAGCCGUAGAAAGCCAACCCUUCCCUUCUCAAAAGAUGUUAUAGUACUAGCAACAUCCCCCCGGCCGAACAACUAACCUUCCAGGACGAUCGACCAGUUGAUAGGGAACCAGCUCAUGAUCAUAACUUAAACCUUGAAUUAUAAAUUGUACUUUGUUUUAGACUUCCUGAUAGAGCGCUAAAUAGCAGAUUUAAGAGUAAAAUCAAUUGAUACGUUUUAGUACAAUGU